AUGACUGGAUAUCAAGCAACACCACUAGAGCAGUUGGACUGGCUUAUCACAGUGGGGAAAGUCGCGAUACGCCGGGGCAAAGGCCAUGGAGGUUCCCGUGCUGUCACUCCAGAUGCACGGCCUGUCACCCGUGGAGCGAAUGAGGAGAGUCAAUCAGCCGGUCUGGCUUCUUCUUCCCGGCGCCAACUGUUGAUCGUCUCGGGGCCCAGCCAACCACAGGUGUUGCAGAACCGCCGGCCAUCAACGCCCGCGAGAGUCAACAGCAGGAUUUCUGCUGCAGGUUCCGAGCAGCUCCAAAAGAAGAAAAAGCCAUGA